GUAAACAAGAGAUGUGUCACAACAAGUGCGUUGUCAAAAUACCAUUCCACCCUCCCUCCCCGCGCUCUAAAGCGGUAACGUGGAUGUGGAUGUUUCCGAUUCAGACAUUGGAUGUGGCAGCUUGUUACAAAUUCCUAUAGUAGCAGUAAUGCUCAAAGUCUUUUCUACAAUAGUCAAUUCGUAAAACAUUAACGUUCGGAAACGCCGGGCAACGCAAAUAACAAACAUUGAAAUUCUUCACAUACAGGGGAGAUACAAUGAAGCUAAACAUAGUGAUAGCCUUGAUAGUGGUGCAUCUUGCAACGUUAGCUAAUUGUCAACGUGCAGUUCCUGGUGUCAAUCCAAAUAAUUAUCAACCCCCGCCACAGCAACAACAUUAUCAGCCGCCCCCUCCUCAGUACCAACAACAAGCCCCACAGCAGCAGCAACAACAUUAUCAACAGCCCCCCCAACAGCAGCAACCGCCACAACACCAGCAAAUGCAACAGCAGCAGCAGCAGCAGCAGCAUCAGCAGCAAUUUCAACAACAGCCACAUGCGGACCAUGGCCCCCAGCAAGUUUUGCACACCGGAAAUUUGCAACAAGAGAAACAACACAUCGCUGAGCAUAUGGAUGUCCCGAUCGACACAAGCAAGAUGAGCGAACAGGAGCUACAGUUUCAUUACUUCAAAAUGCACGACUCGGACAACAACAACAAGCUGGACGGAUGUGAGCUAAUAAAAUCGCUCAUCCACUGGCACGAACAAGGCAAGGCACAAGAAAACAGCGGCCAACCACAGCACGAGGAAAAAAUAUUUUCCAAUGACGAACUGUCGGCCCUGAUCGAUCCCAUCCUCAACUCGGACGAUCACAACCAGGACGGUUUCAUCGACUACCCGGAAUUUGUACACGCACAGCACAAAGCGGCCCAGCAGCAACAACAAGAUCAACAGGCACAACCGCAUCCCUAAAGAACGCAAUCCCCUGAACUAUGCCAUCAGUUAUGCAGCGGAUCGAGAACGUUAUAAUAGACUGAACAAAGACUAAACGAGCUUUCGAAGCACCGCAACGAUUCGGCGAAAUGAAAAGGCAUCUGGCAGCAGUCCUUUGAGAGUCAUUAUUAUUUGGAAACACAAUACAAAAUUUUCUCGAUACGAGAUGUUUGAUAAUUCAUAACUUAUUAAUUUCGCACAAACUUUGACAGUAUUAGCAUUCCGGUCCUUUUUUAUAAUUGGAAAACCACUACUGCCCUGUAGUAUAUGCCUUUCCUCAUUCUCCGAAGAUUCCAUAGCAUAUUCCAACAUUCAUUAAAAAAUCUCAUGUCCACUUGCCAUCCAUCGGGUUUAAAGAUCAGGUGGUGCAAGCGCGGAUCGCCGAACUUGUCAAGCAAGCAUAAAUCAAUGAUGGGUUUACUCUUGCAUGAUCACUGGGGUUUCAUUCCAAGCACACUUUGAAAGUUGCCAAAGUAGCAUUUGAAUGGUGGUUGGCGGUACCAUAAAGAAUGGAAGGUCUUUUGUAAUGUAUGAUGUAUGUAAAUGUUGGUGUUUUUGUUUCGCAUAGACUUUUUUUGUUUUCUAAUUUGAAAAUUAUUAAAAUAUAAACCGGCUGGUACAUCAAUACCACCAAAUCCACCCUACUCGUUUAUUUGUGGGAGCUUCGAAGCAGCUCAUUAAGCAUUCUCAUUCUCGUCAGGUGAUGUUUACUAUUAUCUGUCCGAAAUUUUGCAUUUUUCCACCUAAUGAAGAAAACCACUCUUUUAUUUGGUGC